AUGGCCGUCGCAGACUCACCAGUCAACGGGACAACAACUCCCACUCCAUCCACUCCGAGAAGAAAUUCAGGUUUCGCCUUGACCGAGUACACCGCAGCUCCCACUCCCCCUUCUGAACGAGCAGACACUCCAGCCUACAAUGUUCCACCUGACUUCCUUCUUCCCAGCGGCUAUCCUGACUACCUCCGACUCAUUCUAACGUCCCGUGUCUACGAUGUCGUGUCCGAAAGCCCCCUAACACACGCCGUCAACAUCUCCAAUCGCCUAGAAUGCAAGGUCCUCCUGAAACGAGAGGAUCUGUUGCCAGUCUUCUCUUUCAAGCUGCGUGGUGCAUACAAUAAGAUGGCACAUCUUCCGCCAGAGGUCAGCUGGAAAGGUGUCAUUGCUUGCUCUGCUGGUAACCACGCGCAAGGUGUUGCCUUUUCCGCAAGGCACCUUAAAAUCCCAGCCACUAUCGUGAUGCCUUCUGGAACUCCCGCGAUCAAACACAUGAACGUUAGCAGAAUGGGCGGGAGUGUAGUGUUACAUGGCUCAGACUUUGACUCUGCCAAACAACACUGUCACGACCUGGAAAAGCAAUAUGGCUUGACCAACAUACCACCAUUUGAUGAUCCUUAUGUCAUUGCCGGACAGGGCACCAUAGGAAUGGAGCUGCUGAGGCAAACAUCGCUGCAAAAGCUACAGGCUAUCUUCUGUGGUGUUGGUGGUGGUGGUUUGAUCGCAGGCAUUGGGGUUUAUGUCAAACGGAUAGCACCCCACGUCAAGAUCAUUGGGGUCGAAGCAACCGAAGCCAAUGCCAUGGUUGAAUCGCUCAAGCAAGGUCAACGGGUGAUGCUGAAAGACGUGGGCAUCUUUGCGGAUGGCGCGGCUGUCAAGGUCGUGGGUGAGGAAACCUUCAGAAUAUGUCAAGAAGUGGUCGACGAAGUUGUGCAAGUCAGUACCGAUGAGAUAUGUGCCGCUAUCAAAGAUGUCUUCGAGGACACGAGGUCUGUUCUAGAGCCGGCCGGUGCACUGUCACUGGCUGGUCUGAAGAAAUGGGUCUCUCAGAACCCUUCUGCAGAUGCCAGCAGAGAGUUGGUGGCAGUGGCCAGUGGUGCGAACAUGAACUUUGACAGGCUGAGAUUUGUUGCGGAGCGUGCUGCUCUAGGUGAGCAGAAAGAGGCUUUACUGACUGUCAGUAUUCCCGAAAGGGCAGGCUCAUUUGCACAGUUGGUCGAAGCGGUAUUGCCUCAAGCAGUGACGGAAUUCGGCUACCGACUUUCAUCUCAAGAUGAAGCACACGUUUUAAUGGGUAUCUCAGUGUCGUCCGCAGGGGCGAGAGCGAAGGAGUUGGAUUCUCUCUUCGCUCGGCUCUCGGCAGAAGGUAUGACCGCCAGAGACAUAUCGGAUGAUGAGCUGGCCAAAACCCACAUUCGGUAUCUUGUUGGUGGACGAACCGAUGUCAAAGAUGAAAGACUGUAUAUGUUUGAGUUUCCAGAGCGGCCGGGUGCCCUAUUCAAAUUUCUCCGGACCAUGCGACCUGGUCAAAACAUCAGCUUGUUCCACUACAGGAACUACGGUGGCGAUGUUGCUAAGAUUCUUGCCGGCAUCCAGUGUCCAGAGUCAGAGAAGGGCGAACUUGAGGGUUUCCUGAAAGACAUAGGAUAUCCUUUCACCGAGUGUACAGACAGUCCUAUCUACAAGAUGUUCCUGCGCAGUUGA